GAAAGUUUAAAACUGCGUCUUUCCCUCCGUUUUGCUUUCGUUUUUUCUCAGUCUUUUUGUUUUGUAGUGUUUGAUGGAUCCCCUCUCUAGCCCCGGAUUCCUCCUCCUCAUGCUGGAGCAGGAAGGACGCUCUCUCGAGGACCACACCAGACGGUUUCUGCUAUUAGCUAAUGCCACCAGCUACCCGGACGACGCGCUCUGCACCUUCUACAACACCAGCCUGAACUCCAAGUGCAGAGCGUUGUCGCCCGAUGAUGGUCCUCGGGAGGAUUUCGCCGCAUUCGUGGAGUGGACUCUGGCGAGAAAUGGCUCAUCUUUCACCAUCUGCCCCAUUGAGGAUCUCGCCAGUCCCACUCCCGACCCAGAGACCAGCCAGCCACCAUCUCGCUACACGGAGCCAGAGCCCACCGCAGCCGCAGAGCCCGAGCCAUUCACCGACAGGGAGCCGGAACUCGAGAGCGCGACUGACCAGGUGUGUGAGCCGGCAACACCGUGCAUCGUGGGAGUCCUCGUGGAGAUCGAGGGCGUGGAGGAAAGCCCUGCCCACACUCCUGCGACUGAGGGUGAGCUGUUUGCAGUCUCUGAAAGCCAUAUGGAGCAAGUUCUGGAUCUGAUGGACUGGUCUAUGGAGACCAGCCAGUUCCUCGCCAUCCCUGCUGGUGCCAGUCAGUCCCGCAGCUCACCCUCAGUCCGCGCCAUCGGGGCGCGAUGGUUCGCCGCUGGACUGCCAGUCUCCAGCUCCGCCUUGGCGCGUUAAGGCCCUGUCUCCGCCUCCAGCCUCCGAGCCCUGGACUCCUCCUCGGUCCUUCGACCCAGCGGCUCCGCCUUGGCUCUUAGCUCCCUCGUCUCCACCGUGGCCUGUCAUCCCACCUGCUCCACCGGGCUCCCUCGUCCCUCCGGCUCCACCUUGGUCAGUCGUCGACCAUCCGCCGCCUCGGGACUCCACUCCUCUGGUUCCACCUCGUCACUCCAUCCCUCCGGCUCUGUCAGGCUCCUCCUUCCCUCCGGUUCCACCUCCAUCCUCGGUCACUCCGGCUCCACAGCGGUCUGCCAG